AUGGACUACGCUGCACUAGAAAAGCUUGUGCACGAUAAGCCCUCGGACGAUCUCGUCAGCGCCAUCUCGCUUCGUUCCGAUCGUCAUACGCUUGGUCUUCUACUCGAUGCGGAACUCGAGCGUAGACGGAAGCAAUUCGAGCUCAUCGAGAAGUACAGAAGCAUGUUGAAUGCACCGGCCCACACUCUCCCGAACGAGCUGCUGUCCCAUAUCUUCUUCCUUACUGCUGUGCCGGCGCUGGCACGACGUCGGGCGCUCAACGCCUCUACUGUGGAGUUUCAUCGAUUUACCAGCACUUCCGUACUGGGCCGACGGUCAACUAGUACUCAAGCGAAUCGCAUUACAGCGAGAGCGUGCAGGAUCUACUGCACUUCACAUACGCAUGCACAUUCCCGUCGGGCCGUUUCCAAUGCGGUCGAAGAGACGCUGGACCCUUACUUCUGGCUAUCGUCACCCCUUGCAUCACUUCAUAUAGCCGGUACGACAAGUACGGCGCUCAUGAAGGCCCUCGACAGGAUGCGCAACCUCUCUGACCACUACCAUCUCACGGCUUUGACCGUGCUGAACCUUGAUGUAAAAUCUACGAGCAUGAUUCAGAUCGACGAAGAUCUUCUCUUAUCGAGAUUUUGCCCAAGGCAGCUUGCUCUUUUAAGAGCGGCAUUCAACAUCCAUUCCAUUCAUGACCUAUGCUCUUUGAAGCUCAUGUAUCAUGAAACCGACACUCUCACAUUCGAGACCGAUGAUAUACUUCACGCCCUUUCGCGUUGUCCGACGAUCCAAUCCUUGCACUUGAAGCUACCACUCGGUGCUCAUCCACCUCGCACCUUAGGAGCGCAGGCCAUCUCCUUGCUGAGUUUGGACGAUAUACAUCUUGAGGGAACAUAUGUGACCUGCUGUGCACUCCUGACGUCUCUACACCUUUCGCCGCUGGCUCGCAUGACCGUGUAUCCCCUGGACGAAGUCGCGCCGCAUGAGGCAUCACAGCUAUUCUUGUAUCUGAAGGCGCGCUGUGAGCAUGCAGACGCUCCUGUGCUCACAGCCCUUAUACUUGACGAAAUGCCUUACAUCAACCUUACCUUCGAUCUCGCCUUCUGCACUAGUACCAAGCCGUCAUCGGUGUCUGACAGCAAGAGGGAUGACCAUGGUAGAAAACCGGCCGAUUCCACCUUUGUUCGCUUCGGCUUGGUAGCCUUUACACCGGAAGCGUGCGUGGAGGUAGCUAAUGCAGCACUGCCUUACUUCCCCUUGAAGAACAUUAAACUCUUGGAUAUUCGUCGCCUGUACGAGAGCCCUCCCGAGCUAUUGCAACCUUUCAUGCAACAGAUCCCUGCUCUCGUUACUCUGGCAAUCGACUUCUACUACCCGUCAUUCAAUGACAUCGUGAACGGCACCCUUCGUCCCCAUCUUGCUACUAGGCGCCGACGUCCCUUCCGGCACCUUGUGCUCGACGCGGCCGAAGCACUCGAGCGGAUCGGCCUCACCACUGGGGGAUGGGAUCCGGAGGAGUGCGAGCUGGAGAUUGAGGCAAUCAGAGAACGGUUCGUGGACGUGCUCAAGUACUGUUCUGAAGCCAAUAAGGCCGGAAGGCCGCUCGACAUAUUAGAAGUCAUCAAUGACGGCCAUCCGUUCGACGAUCCUUCUACGGCCUCCUUCGUUCUGCAGGUCCCGUUGGAUCAGCUCUGGCGCGACCUCGCAUACGGCUUCAUACGCAACAAUGAGGUUCUGAAUAGGGAUGGGUAUUGGGUGGACUUGGGUGAGGAAUGA